AUGGACAUGCCGCCCGAGGACCUGCGCACCGCGCUCGCGCCGGCACUUGCCCUGCUGCAGUCCCCGCUCGUGCAGACCCUGCUAGCGACGCACCCAAACGAUUUGGGCAGCUGGACAGCAGCAGAGUCAGACCAAAAGGACGUAUUCGGGGAGGAAUGGUGGUGCGAAUGGGUCAGCGGGCAAGACAACGAAGACAAUGGCGGGCGAGGAGAGGACCUUUGGGAGGGCGUUUUGGAGUAUUACAUGUCCCAGUAUCGCCGGCGUUCUGCCGACGACUACGAGGAAGAAGUUGGCAGCAACUCGAAAAACUUGAAGUUGCCGGAGCAAAUCCGAUCCCUUAUCGACGACCUCGUACAGCUGGCCCUCCCACGGGCGUGUACGGUCGAUGGGAGCGGAGUGGAAGUGGAGAGCACCGGUUUGUCGCCGAAGAAGUUGCAUGAGGUCCGCCAAUGCAUCGCCUAUAUGUCUACGCUACUCCCCAAGCUCUUCACCGCCAAUGAAACACGAAGACUCCGUGUCGUUGAUGUGGGCUCUGGCCAGGGCUACCUCACGCGCGCGCUCCAGACUUACCUCCAAUCCGCCAACGUGGAUGUGCAGCUUCUGGCGCUCGACUUCAACGAGGUGCAGACUGCAGGUGCGGCUAAGAUGAUGGCGCGGGACAAACGAGACGGUCAGAUUGCACAGCGGACGAUCUACAUUAAACCGGACACACUAUUGGCUGCGGUGGACGAUUGGAUUGGCGAAGAUGAAGAGCAACCAGUGCUAUUUGUCGCGCUGCAUGCGUGUGGUUCGCUAACGCCCGACAUCUUCCGCGCUGUCUUCGAGCAACGACGACGCCAAUCAUCUCGAUGGAGGCCAGUCGGUGUGUUGGCGGUAGGCUGCUGUUACAACCUCCUCGCGCCAGGCGACUUUCCCCUCUCAACACAUCUCCGCUCCCUCGCGCCAACCACCCUCCCCGGCUCCGCAUACCACCUCGCAGCGCAGAUCCCCGCAGAAUGGGCACGCUCGCCCGCCGCCUGGGCCGACUCCAAGCUUGCGCUCCGCAAAGUCGUCUGGCGCGCCAUUCUCGGCGGGCGGCUCGCCCAUCGCGAAAACUUGCAGCAAGACACCCCGGGUGCACCGAGUGGGACGGGGGACAAGCCCGUUAUGCGCCGACUGGGGCGGCUCAACAACGCGGUCUACGAUACCUGGGAGACAUUUACCGCCGCUGCCAGCGCCAAACUCGGCGUGCCGCUUGAAAGCGAGUUGGCGCCGGGGGAGAAGCGGCGGAUGGCUGGGUUGGGCGCGCUGCAUGUGCUGCGCUGCCUCGUGGGCCCGUUGGUGGAGAGCGUGAUUGUGGCGGAUCGAGUGGUGUGGGUCGCGGAGCAGCUGGAGGGAGAGAUGGAGGUGGGAGCGGUGAACUUGUUUAACCAGGCGACGGGGAGCGGGCGGAAUGUCGCGAUCGCGGUGUGGCCCCGGCAGGGAGAUAGAUGA